GGGAAAGACUGAAAACUGAAAACUGAAAAGGGGAAAGCAGUUAUUACUACCGUCUAAACCCCCAAGAAAGCCGCAAGGGGACAAGGUGGGAGGGAUUUCCGAUGGCGCCGAAGCGCAAGCCCGCGCGGGGGGCGGCGGCGGAGGAGCGGGACCCCGACGGCAUGUUCCGCGGCGUCUCCGCCUUCAUCGUCCCCCACGGCGUCCAGACCCGCCGUCUCGAGGUGUGGAAGCAGAGGCUGGUGCAGAUGGGGGGCCGCGUCGUGGAGAAGGUCGACAAGGGAGGCGCGGCGGGCGGGGCCAACCACGUGCUGGCCAUGGACGCCAAGGCGCUGCUCCGGGAGCUCGAUGCCGCCUGGCUCCACCGCUUCCGCGGGAGUGUUGUGUCCUUUGAAUGGUUGGAGGAGUGCCUCAAGUCCGGGAAGAGGCUGCCUGAGCACAAGUUUGCAAUCAACUAUGAAGGGGAAUUUAAGCCGAAGAAGGCAGCUGGCAAUGGAGAUUCAGGUGCGUCGCAGUCUGCAAAAAGGAGCAAAAUUUCAUCUGAGGAUCUUGGGGAUCAGCAGAGAACAAGUGGCGGGGAUAGGGAGGAGCAUUCGGAUGCAAGUGCAGAUAAAGGUUCAGGUGUCGAAACAAAGCCUAACCAGUAUGCAAUUAGCCAAAGUAGCUCCGGAGAUACCAAGAAUACCGUAGCUUCUCAUGGUACAUUUGACAUCGAGGAAGCCUCUUCUGGAGGUCCCAGCAUAUAUGCUCCAGCUGACUUGAAUAGGAACAUCACCUCGAUUUUCGGAAGGCUUAUUGAUAUAUAUAGGGCCUUGGGAGAAGAUAGAAGAUCAUUUAGCUAUUACAAGGCCAUACCGGUAAUUGAAAAAUUGCCAUUCAAAAUAGAAAGUGCUGAGCAAGUUAAGGACCUCCCUACUAUUGGGAAAUCUUUGAGAGACCAUAUAAAUGAAAUAGUUACAACUGGAAAACUCUCCAAGCUGGAACACUUUGAGAAUGAUGAAAAGUGUCAACACUUGCUCCACAUUGUUGCAAGUGUCAAAUCUCUGUCAACAUCAACACAAUUUAGUUUGAAGGUACGGACUAUCAGCUUAUUUGGAGAAGUUUGGGGAGUUGGCCCUGCAACUGCUGUCAAGUUAUAUGAAAAGGGACACCGUACUCUUGAUGAUCUGCGAAAAGAUGAGUCUCUUACAAAUGCUCAGAGGAUUGGAUUGAAGUACUUUGAUGAUAUCAAGCAAAGAAUCCCCAGGCAUGAGGUUAGUGAGAUGGAGAAGAUUUUGCAAGAUGUUGGGAAGGAUAUCUUGCCUGGGGUAAUAAUUGUUUGUGGAGGAUCGUAUAGACGUGGGAAAGCUACUUGUGGUGACAUGGAUAUUGUUAUAACUCAUCCCGAUGGAGAAAGUCAUGUAGGUUUUUUACCCAAGUUUGUUCAACGGCUGAAGGAAAUUAACUUUUUGAGGGAGGAUCUCAUCUUUAGCAUACACAGUGUUGAUGGAACAGAUAGUGGGGUUGACACAUAUUUUGGUCUUUGCACAUAUCCAGGACGUGAGCUGCGGCACCGUAUUGACUUGAAGGUAUACCCAAGGAACAGAUAUGCAUGUGGGCUGCUUGCAUGGACUGGAAACGAUGUACUAAAUCGGCGACUAAGACUAUUAGCAGAUUCGAAAGGAUAUGUACUUGAUGACACUGGAUUGUAUCUAGCAACACGGGGCAGUGGUGGAAAGCAUGCAGGCAGAUCGGAUGCUAUAGUCAACUGUCACACCGAGAAGGAUGUGUUUGACACGCUUGGAUUCCCUUGGCUGGAACCCCAUGAGCGCAAUCUUUAGCUGGUAUCGAGUGUUCCUGUAGAGAAUAUAUUUUGUAAAGCUGUAUAUAUGUAUCUCUGGCUACCAAACUUGGUACUAAAAAGGGUCUGUACCUGUUGUUGUUGUUGUUCAUUUAUAUGUCGUUCCCUUUUAUUGUGCUGUGAAUUGUAGGCAAGCUUGUUGAAAGUAUCUAAAGCUAUCUCAGCUUUUGUUGUGCUGUGAAUUGUAUGCAAGCUUGUUGAAAGUAUCUAAAGCAGUCUCUGCUCUUUUCUCA